UCAUGCUGCUGCCAGGUCCAGAGUCUCUCAUGGGUCCCUGUACGGCCUCCCAUUGCUGCUGUCUCCAUCGCCACACUCUGCCAUGUGCCACUUUCAGGUCUCCUCACACACUGCUGGGUAAUUUUUUGACAUAGGGUGCUGGCAGAUUACGGGCCUCCCAUAGCUGCUGCCAGGCCCCUAAUCUGCCAUGGGCCCCUAUAUACCGCCUCCUCAUGCUGCUGCCAGGUCCAGAGUCUCUCAUGGGUCCCUGUACGGCCUCCCAUUGCUGCUGUCUCCAUCGCCACACUCUGCCAUGUGCCACUUUCAGGUCUCCUCACACUGCUGGUGUGUUGAAUUUUUUGAC